AUGGCUCAAGCGGUCCUGUAUGGCGAUGAAGUCCUGGUCCUCAUACGCAGCGUCGUAGCGUCUCGUGCCACUUCUGACCGCCCUUCGUUCUCCGCCAUCAGAUGGGAUUGUCUAUGGGUGAUGAUAGCAUAUGCGUUGGCAUUGGUGGCACAAUCUUUCAUCACCGUCAGUUAUCGAUAUGCCGUCGAGAAGAGCGAAGACGCAUACGAACAGCUCAAAAGCAUCCUGUACUGGAGCAUCAUUGGCACCAUGUUCAACAUCUUCUCCAUGGCGUUCGGUCGUCUCAGCGUCAUUGCACUGCUACUCACACUGCAGGGCACAACAAUCUCACUAGGCUGGCGUCGAGCACUACAGAUUCUUGGAGUCCUCCAACUCAUUAUCAGCGCGCUGCAAGCCUUGGUCACAAUCUUGCAAUGCAAUCCACCUCGCAAGGCUUGGGAUAUUGCCGCCCCAGGGUCCUGUCCUCUUGCUGAGGAGACCAAGCAAAUUGGCUAUGCUUCCGGUGCGUUUGGGGCCUUCUCGGACUUUGCUCUGGCCAUCUACCCCAUCGUCUUGAUCAUUGGACCUCAACAGCAGAUGAAGCGCAGCCUCAAGGUAGCAAUCUGUGUCAUCAUGAGCGGAGGUGUAGUCGCAGGAGUUGCUGGCAUCGCAACUUCAGCUCUGGUCAAGGACGUGACAUACACGGGAGGGUAUGGCACCGUGCUCACCUGGACGCUGACGCAGACUUGGUUCAUCAUCAUAUUCGGAUCUCUACCAACGAUCAGACCAGUCUUCGUGGCGUUUGGCGAGACCCUGCGCAUGUUGAGCGCAAGACUCAAGAGUCGACUGGUAAGUCACGAAGCCACGGACAGGUCAAGCUGGAUAGAGCUGGAAGACCAGAAGCAGCCUGGAGCUCAACAUCGGCCCGAUGCUUGGCUCGACACGCACACGACUCAGACGACGAUCAACUCUAGCACGGAGAGACAAGAUAGCGUCAUGAGAUGA